AUGGAUGCCACUACACCCAAGUACUCCAAGAGUAGGUAUGAAGAAAUUGUGAAGGAAGUUUCAUCCUAUAUAAAGAAGGUUAGAUAUAACCCAGAUAAAAUUCCAUUUGUUCCCAUCUCUGGUUUUGAGCUUGUUACUAAGAUUGACAAACGUUCUGGUAAAGAGAUAGAGAAGGAGCCCAAGUUCCUAAAGAAUGGUGAUGCUGAUAUUAUUAAGAUGCUUCCCACCAAGCCCAUGGUGGUUGAGACUUUCUCUGAAUAUCCUCCACUCGGACGAUUUGCUGUCAGAGACAUGCGUCAAAUUGUGGCUGUUGGAGUUAUCAAGGCUGUGGAGAAGAAGGAUCCAAGUGCAUCUAAGAUUACCAAGUCAGCACUCAAGAAGAAAUGA